AUGCUGCUGGGCAAUGAGCCCCCAGGGUCCCAAUCGCCAAGACCGCCACUUGCCCGCUUCGGGACGUCACCUGGCCACAAUCUCCACACGAAGAGAUUUUUGCAAGCCGGACUGCGCGAGGCGGCUAUUGGAGGAGAAUAUCCCAUGGAUGUGACAUGCCGGCUGUCCGGUGUCUCUGGAAUCUUCAGACCUGUCGUCCCUGGCCUCAGCUUGAAGAUCCUCAGCUUGAAGGGACGACAGGUCUGA